AUGGCGCCCGAAGAGAAGAAGAAGGACCCUAGGGCCUGGAGAGGCCUUACCCCUCCCUUGGCUGAAUGGAUCCUCGACUUCGUGUCCAGCCAAGGCUUCCAGCGCAUGACGCCCGUACAAGCAGCUUGUCUGCCACAGUUCCUCGGAAACAAGGAUGUUGUAGUCGAGGCUGUCACCGGCAGUGGUAAAACGCUCGCCUUCCUUCUCCCGAUCGUCCAAAAGCUCAUGCGCCUCUCCGAACCGACGAAGCGCGGCCAUGUCUUCUCCAUCAUUGUCUCCCCGACCCGCGAACUUGCCAUCCAGAUCCAUGCCGUUCUCCAGUCCCUCGCCGGCUUCCACCCCCCGUCCGCCGAGAUACUGCCCCACCUCAAAGAAGACGAAAAGCGCCCCGACACGACGGUCCCGGUCAUCGUUCCUCAGCUGCUCGUCGGCGGAGUGACCACCACACAGCAAGAUCUCAGCUACUUCGUCAGACAUGCACCCAAUAUCUUGGUCUCGACACCGGGAAGACUUGUUGAGCUUCUCGCGUCUCCGCAUGUCCACUGCACAUCUUCCACUUUCGAAAUGCUGGUUCUCGACGAGGCGGACCGUCUGCUGGAUAUGGGUUUCAAGCAGGAUAUUCAGAGGAUUCUGGGAUAUUUGCCGAAGCAGAGGAGAACAGGCUUGUUCAGCGCCUCGGUGUCGGAGGCAGUGUCACAGAUUAUCACCGUCGGUCUGAGAAACCCGGUCAAGAUUGCCGUACGUGUCAAGAGCUUAAGGGAUGGAGGAAUUAUUGAGGACCGGAAGACACCAAUCAGUCUGCAAAUGUCCUACCUCGUCACACCAGCAAGCCAGAAGCUCCCGGCACUUGGCAAGAUUCUCGAGAACCUCAACCCGCGGCCACAGCGUAGCAUUGUCUUCUUGUCGUCCUGCGCUGCCGUCGACUACUUCCAACACGUCCUUCCUACCAUCAUGCCGGAAGGCUUCACACUCGUACCCCUGCACGGAAAGCUACCCCCCAAGGCAAGAGAGAAGAGUUUCAACAAGUUUGUCAACUCGGUUUCGCCAUCCGUAUUGCUGUGCACAGAUAUUGCAGCGAGAGGUCUCGAUAUUCCACAAGUAGACUUUGUCUGCCAGGUUGAUCCACCUUCAGAUCCAAAGGUCUUCAUCCACAGGAGUGGACGUGCCGGAAGAGCAGGCAGAAAGGGACUGUCAGUCGUCUUCCUGCAGCCCGGUCACGAGGAAGACUACAUUCCCUUCCUCGAAGUCCGCAAGACGCCCAUCUUCCCCCUGACGAAACCUGAGAUCACCAUCACCGAGGACGAAGCCAACGAGGCAUCAGAAAAGUUCCGCGACGUCCUCCGCAGCGACCGCGCCUACCACGACAAGGCACAAAGGGCUUUCGUGAGCUGGGUGCGCAGCUACAACGCUCACCUCACGACCUCCAUCUUCCGCGUCAAGGACCUCGACUGGGCCGACCUCGGAAAGGCCUGGGGUCUGCUCCGCUUACCGCGCAUGCCCGAGACGAAGAAUUGGGAUGGAGACAAGUGGCUCGGCAACGAGGACUUUGACUGGGAAAACUUCACGUAUAAGGACAAGACGAGGGAGGCCGCACGACUAGCGGCGGCGGAGGCGGAGCGGAACGGCGAGAAGGCCGCUGCCGCGGACGAGGUGAAGCGCAAGCGCAAGACCAACGAGGCGUGGAGCAAGCAGACGGAGAGGGACGAUGUGAGGGUGGAACGCCGCGAUAAGAGGAGACGCAAGAGGGAGGCCGAGCGGAUGUCGACCAUGACGGAAGAGGAGAAGAUCAAGGCGAUGGAGCUGAAUGAGAUGAUUGCGGAGAUUAGGAAAAAGAACCAAGCCAAGGCGGCGGCUGGCGGGAAGGACGAUGAGUUUGAGGGCUUCGAUGAUUAA